AUGAAGCAUAAACAACUGAGUACAAGAAGAGAAGAAGCAUGUAAGAAAUUAAUUAACUCAUUUCGAGACCAAGAUUCGCCACACAACCCUUUAACUGCAAUAGUUAAAUCUGGUCUACCAGACCCAACUCAUAAUUAUGAUCUGCGUAAUAAUAACCUGCAACUCUUACCGAUAAUGCCUGAACGGUUAAAGAAAUUUUUUACCAUUAAAUAUAGUUAAAUUUUUAUGAAUACAUUUUUAUAAUAGGUGGUUUAAUAGUUGAGUAUAUUAUCAUAAUUUACCCUAACUUAGGAUAGAAUACAUAUUAUCAUACUAUAUAACAUUGUUAACGUAAAUUUUAAUAUUUAAAUUAUGUAAAUAUUGUUUCCAUGUAAUUCAGCUUUAGCUGAAAAAUGGAUUUAAUUAAACUAAUAGUCAUAAUAAUAAUAAUAAUAAUAAUAGUAAUAAUUAUAGUGUGCGUAAAUUAUUGAUCUGUUCUAAAAGUAAGACUUAACACGAGUUUUCGUGGUUUCCUCUAGCGGGAAUAACAGUCAUCCUUAUGGAAUUAACUACGAAAGAAUAUCACUAACAGUAAAUUUAUAAAAUAUCGGCUAACUGCUUGUGGGGUCCAACUGGCUUAACUGAGGAUGCACAGUGCAUACGAUAAUACGAUAAUAUUUGGAAUGAAUACUAUUAAGCAUGCGUACUACAAAAAUGCAAGGGGGGGGGGGACAGAGGGAGGAGGGCAAAACACCCGGGGCCCGGAGUGCUCAGAGGGCCCCGGAAAUCUCGGUAAAAUGUUCGUAUCGUAUAUCAUCACUUUAGGUUUCUCCUAAACGAAAUACGCCUACUUGCACACUAUCCGCUGAUCGUCGUAAUCGAUCGUAAAACUUACCAAAUGUGAAAUAAACGAUUUUUCGAUCUCUUUUUCUGCAAAAACAGUUAACUAUAAACAUCGUUUACAUCGCGUCUUUAUGAGUUAUGAGAUGAAAUGAGGUAUUUAUUGAACAAAUUUAUUAUGUAAGCUGAAUAGCGAGACCGUACAGACUGUACAGAUAAUGUUGUAUAUUAUACUGGACUGUGGACACUGCCUCUGGACAAUUGUUGUUCAUUUGUAUACUGCGAAAAUAGUUUCGAAUAACUCGUGCAUUAUUCUAUGAAAUAAUUAAAUUAAUUUAAAUAUAAGUUUGUAGAACAGCUGCAUGUUAAGUAUCUGACUCAAGUUUAAUAUAUUACAGACACAGAUGACAGAUUCUCACAGAUAAACAUGAAAUAUAUGUAAAAGUUUUCUCAACCUAAUAAAAACAGUAAAAGCAAGCUAAGACCUAUGAUAUUAAUAUCAAGAGCGGAAUGAAUCGAAACUAUAUUAUAUCAACUUAAUAACAUGCACGUGACAUUGUGACCAUAAUCUGUUGACUAUUUAUUAAUGACUACUGACUGAAUAAAUAAAAUAAAUUAAUAGUAAAUUAUUUCUUUAUUUGAAACUAUGUUUGCUGUAUUUUACAGAGAGCAAACAAAAAUCUGCCAAAUAAUAAAGUCAUAUUCAUAACUCAUGAAGAGUAACUAUUUUUAAAGACUAUACAACGAUCAUCUGCUGGUAUGGUAGCAUGCACAUGCACGUCACACGCGCCAUCGGGACCAUGUUUUUCAUGUUUUUAAAAAAGUUUUAAAAAGAUUUAAAAGAGUUUUGAAAAGCAAGAAAAGUUUAAAAAGUUAGAUUUUUAAAAAAGUUAAAAAAAUUUAAAAAGUUAAAAAAUGAGGGUUAGUGGUUAGUGGUUAGUGGUUAGGGGUUAGGGGUUAGGGGUUAGUGGUUAGGGUUAGGGUUAGGGUUGGGGUUGGGGUUAGGGUUAGUGUUAGGUGCCGCGAAUUUAUUAUUAUGAUAAAUUCAAAAUUUAAAAUAUUUAUAAUGAUAAAUUCGGACGUGUUUAAGAAUUUACUCAUAUAGUAAAUUCAAAGGUGGAGCUCAUGAUGGCAUUUUCCCACGCAUAGUUUCAUAAUAAUUAUAGUGAAUGACAGUUACUACAUUUAUAGGUUUAUGGUUUAUUAUUAAAGAAAGACUAUAUCGCAGCCUGAAUUGCGUAGCUUACAGAGUUUUAAAUUAAACGAAAAUCAUUAACUAUUUACAAUAUACAUCGUAAAAGUCAUUACAAAAGCUAUUUGGCGAAGGAAUAAUUGUAAUUGGCAUAUACUCGGGAGGUGGAUAGUGCUUUUCAUGCAUUUGAUUAGUUACGCAGCUCCGGACAUCCAGAACGCCAGAUGGGACGCCAGAGGCCCUGGUUAAGUCUCCUGGUUGGGCCUGGUUAGGUCUAAUAAAUAUAUUAAUAAUAUACAUAAAAACAUUACUCCACUAUGAUAUGAUUUUUGUGUGUGUGUUGUUGUUAUGUACUCAGGUGAAUAAUUAUCACUUAUUUACUGAGACCGAGGGAAACAGUGUGUUUUGUGGACCCGAGACCGCCGUUGUUGCCCGAGGCGAAGCCGAGGACAACAACGGCGGUCGAGGGGCCACAAAACACACUGCUUUUCCGAGGUCUCAGUAAAUAAGUGUUUUGUUAUAUAGUAUAUAAAUAUCAAAGUAUGAAUAAUUCACCGGUUGUUGGAGUGAACUUAAUUUGAAACCAAAACUGGAUAAAUGGAACGUCGUAAAUGUUUAGUAAAAAGUCUUUAAAAAUGAACUUUGGAACUUCAUGGUUUACACGCAUGCGUAUUGCACCCAUUUUAUUAUUGUCCGGUCAAUAAAUGUUUCAUUGCGGACCGGUUGCUGAAUAUGACGUUUUGUGGACCGGCACGUGACACGGUUUUGACCAAUCGGCAAACAGAAAAAUUGAACUUUGACACUAACUAUAUAACAAUGAUGUUUGUGAUGUUACUCUGAGUAUGCAUCCACACCGGGCAAGCUGAAAAGUUUGCUUGGUCACGGUGGGAAUCGAACCCGCGAGCUUUGGGAUACUAGUCCAAUCCACCGUGGCCAGGCAAACUUUUCAGCUUGCCCGGUGUGGAUGCAUACUCAGAGUAACAUCACAAACAUCAUUACUCCACUAGGCUAAGCUGUGAUUGGUUGAUUUAAGUGCAGUUAAUCUCAAACAGCAGUAUUAUAUACCAACAGUGCAAAAAUAUGUAACAACACUGCAAAAGUCUGUAACAAACUGAUCUGAUUGGUGAAAAGACAAUGAAAUCUAAAAUCGACCAAUCAGCUUAAAGCAGUUUUCAAGUAAAGGUCAGAGAUUGUUUCAAAACAAAACAAACAUGGCGGACGCGCUACAUAAGUAACAUUAGAUAUUAGUUCGGGUUGAAAUUAUGGCUUUUAUCUUUCCUUUAAAUGGGAAAGAUUUUACCUUAAUAAUAAGACCAACAAAACUUAGAUAGACGUCAUAGUUGAGUGAAAUUUUCUCGAACAUUUUUAUGUAUAUUUUUAAUACGUAAUAGGUUGGUUUCUCGUAAAAUUUGGAUAAAAUAUGCUCUUUGAAAAACUUACUCGUGCAUGUUUAUCCAAAUGUUUAUCCAAAACUCACUCGUGCAUGUUUAUAAAAUUCACACUCGCAGUUUCCAUCUACAAAACCCUUGGGAUACACACAAUAUAUUGGUAAGAAAAUGAGACUGAACUCCACUCCCGUUCGCUAUAAUUGCAUCAUGGUUUCUUUUUUUUCUAGUUCACUGUGACAGGAUUUCUCACUAUUGUUGCAGGAGCAAAGAAAAAUUCUAUUAUGGUGAGGGAUACCAUAUUAUUAAUAUAACUAGACAAAUACGCAUGCAACACCCACGCGUCCACAUUUUCCAAACACGGUUUUAUGAAGUAUUCUUAAUUACGUCAACACUGAACGCAGGCUCGCGUUGCUCGCGUCAUGUUAGUUAUGGCAACCAAUACGAUCAUUAUUUCAAAAAAUGUUUUGUAUAAAACGGAAAAAAUAAAAAUUAUUAAUGUUUUACACGUUUAACCUUUUACCAAUUUACCUAUAGAUCUACUUAUUUCUAAAAUAUAUAAAGUAAGUAGGUUAUUUUAUAUAGGGCCUAAUAUUGCUUCCUAAAACGAUUUUAAAGGUUCACUUUGAAAUUUCAAUUUAACCAAUAACGCUUUAACUUAUUAAUACUCGAACUUUGAAAUGAAAUACAUUUAUACACGUCGCUCAUGAAAAUAAUAAGUUAAUUCAAAUGGCAACGUUCACAUACAAAGGAAAGGAAAGCUGCAUGUAGAUGUUCGAGGCCUUCAGGCGAAAAAUGGACAGCAAAGUCAUAGGUAAACAGUAAAAACAAACUUACCCUAUACUUCAGUAUUUCCAAUAGUUACUUAUCGUUUCUUUAAAAUUUGAAGAAGGUGAUUUACAACUUAUUGUGUGAACUGUGAAAAGACUUCCAAGCUUUCUUUGCUUCCUUCACUCCUGGCAAACAGCUAUAUUUUGACCACCCAUACAUAGCCAUGCGCCCGCAAUUAUUGAUAAACUUUAGACUUUGCAAAUGCUUUCUUUUCUUCGGGAGUAAAAAGCUGAACGGAAUUAGUACCCUCGCCACGGGCUUCACCGUACGCGCGUGGCUUGGGGAUAAAUAUAUAUAUAGGACUGGUUCAAUUUUAAAAUAUCUAUGUACCAUGCAGUGAGCCCUGCAUAUAUCUGUAGCAAGAACUUCAGUCAUUCGGCGUAUGAGAAAAGUUAAGCCAAGAUGGUGGAAAUUGACGUCCAACAGCUAUGAAGGUCGUAAACAGUUUUAAUACCAUUUGCCAGCUAAUUUCAGUUUUUUUUAACAGCUAGACAAGUUUUUUCUAACAGCGGCUAAACAAGAUAUCAGUUCAUAAAACCAUAGUGGUAUUCUUUAAAUUACUGUCAAAAUACGAAAUAUUCAGCUAGAUUCGGUACCGUACUUUUCAGCUAAGUGCAAACACGACAGGCAAUACAAUUAUUGAACUGCAUGGCAGUAGUAUAGCGUAAGAAGAUAUCCAAAGUUAGGAGAGCUGAAAACUAGGGGCCAUGCUCCCCCGGGGAAAUUUUAAAAAUUGGGGCUCGGAAAUGCCAUUUCCAACACUUUCUGGCACGGAAUUGAAGAAUUGGAACCAUAAAAAUUCUGCUAGAAAUUGCUUUAUAAUUGGUUUUGUAUGUCAAGUUAGCAUAGUCGAACUACUUGGCGAUGAAAAAGUUCACGCUUUUCAACCAAGACAAACAUAUAUAACUUAAUAUAUUUUCAGGGAGUGCUAUGACGGCUGCUGAAGUUCCCCUACAGUUUCAAUUUUCACUUAAGGAAUAUUUCACUGACCACAAAUGUUAUAAAAGAACAAAUUAUGUAGAACACACUCUCUCAAAUAAAGGAGUUGACGUAUGGAAUUCAUUAGAAACAAAAUUUAUAGAUAUAAAUUUCUAUAGCACUUUCAAAAAGCAAAUUAAACAACAUUUUUUACUAUACAAUGUAUAAGACAUGCUAUAAAACAUUCUGCUAUAUGACAAAAUUAAUAGUAUGUUGUGGUCUAAUUCUUAUAAGAACCCAAAUGCAUCUACAACAUUGGUAUUCACUUCUAUAAUAAGAACAAUUUCCCUUCUUUUUCUCUAUUGUAAAUAUAUAUAUAUAUAUAUAUAUAUAUAUAUAUAUAUAUAUAUAUAUAUAUAUAUAUAUAUAUAUAUAUAUAUAUAUAUAUAUAUAAGCCUGUUCUUUUUUCUUUCAAACAAACUAUUAUCCUUGUCUCCAAUGCUAGUAAUAAUUGCACAGGAAAAGAUUUAGUAAAACCUAUCAUUUUUAGUUGCUGUUUAAUUAUGCAAGUUUACUAUGUUAUUGUUUAGUCAGUUUAAAUGUUAGAAUUUUCUUCUUUAAACUUUAAUGUUGUCGUCACUUGACUACAUCUGGAAAACCACGUAAGAACAAAUUAAAAGUAUUUUAAAAGAGACCAGGUUGUUUGAAAAUCCUGAACGAAUGCUAAAAAUCGUCAAAACAUUCUGGUGUCUGAGCCAGAGUGUCAUCGAAUUGCGAUGUAAUGUAAACAGAAAUUAUAGCAAGUUGAUGUCAGUCAGUUUAGAUGGUCCAAGCCAAAAUUAUAUCGCAUUUGAAGUUUCAAACUGAGUUAAAAAUAGUGGAAGAAAAGCCGUAAUUAUACUUAUUGUUACAAUCCAUUUAAUAAAAUGCAACAUUUUUUUUUGUUUUAAUGAAAAAAUCAGUUAUUUUCAUGAGAACGAUUUUGUUAUUCCAUCUCAAUUUUUUUAAUCUCCAAUCGCAAUAACGUAAAGUAUUAUUAGCCGCGAACCAAUGAGUCAAAUUUAAGAAACAACCCACUGUUAGAAAGCUGAAUGGCUACGCUUUAAAAUGAAUGUAAACUUUAACGUUUUCGUCUAUUAUUUGUUUAGCAAUUUACAUUUCAGUCGAGGAUUGCGCUUUUUUGAUACACCCUGUAUAUAUAUAUAUAUAUAUAUAUAUAUAUAUAUAUAUAUAUAUAUAUAUAUAUAUAUAUAUAUAUAUAUAUAUAUAUAUAUAUAUAUAUAUAUAUAUAUAUAUAUAUAUAUUCCUUUAAUAUUGUGAUUGACUGUAAAUAAUUUAUUACAUAGCACAAUACAAACUAGCAUAACUAGAGACCUAAAUAAAAAGUCUACUAAGAUUUCUAGUAGGUCUCUAGCCCGCACUCUACAAUUAUUGUAAAUAUACUACACAUAAAUUUAUUGUACAUGGGGAAAAUUUUAAAAAAAAAUUAAAAAAAAAAAAAAUAAUAAAAUAAUUUUGUUCACUUCCCCUUUUAGGCAGCCAUCAAGAAUCUUCAUAUUACAGCUGUCGUACUCUGAUCUUUUUUUUGGAAGGAGCCAUAGUCCCCCCUAUAGCCCCCUGUUCCGUCGCUCCUGUGUUGACCAUUAGGAUCUGCCGGCCCAAUUCCAAUUAAACUUACCCACUAUAAUGCCAAUCAAAUGUACCCACUAAUUCCAAUAAAAUGUACUGUACAUUAUAACGAUUGUGAAUGUUUUCUAUUAUUUUCUAGAUGGGUUUCGCUUUCUUUCUCAACAUCAUUGCAGUGAUUGGUUCGACUGUUGCUUCGAUCUUUUUUAUUUCAUUUACUUUUGCAAUGAAUGUUUUUGAUUACCACCAUUUUUGCCAAGAUAUCGGAGAUGACUGCGACUGCGAUGUCGGUGAUAACAACGACACUGUAAUAUGUAAGUCAGAGGUACCCAAAUCUAUAUAGGGACUAAUUUUUAUAAGUGAAGAAAAUAAAUUUACUUAUUGUAUUAAAUUUUCAGGCUUGGAUGAAUGAUGGAACUACUUGAAAUUUAGAAACAAACUUAUUGUCCCUGAAAUUACCCAGAAGUUUGAUGAAAUAAAAACAGUUUAUCGGCAAAACUGAAUGAUCAUUUCCGAAAUCUUUCAGAUAAAAUUUAACAUUAAAUCAAAGUUCACAAAAUGCAAAAUUUUGUAUAAAAGUAUUAAAAAUUAAAAAAUAAAAAAAAUCGUGAUGUCAUGGGAUGAUGGGAACACAUGAAGUCACAACGCGAGCCUGCGUUAAGUGUUCGCCAAUUGCAAAUGCUUCAUGUUGAAAAUCAAUGUUUGGAAAGGGGAGCUGCCUGCAUGUAUUUCUAGUAUUCUUAGCACUAAAUCGCUACAUUCAGUCACUAACGUGAAAUCUUCUUUUGUAUUCCCACUUACUGAUAUGCUUAUCUCAAUCGGGCGAACCAGGCUUUAAGGCCCAUUUCCACUCAGGAAAGUCUUCCGCCAAAAGAAAAUUUUGUAAAAUGUGAUUGGGCGACACAAAGUUUCCGUCGGAAAAAAAAUUUGAAGUUGAAAAAUGUCAACUUUAAACAAUGAUGUUUUUGGAAAAUUUUCUGUCCGUGGAAAUUUUUCUUGAGUGUGGAAAUGGACCUUUAGAGAUCAUCUUCUGCGUUAUUUUUAAUUUGUAAAUAAUGUAACACUAAUCAUCCUUAUUUCCAGAACUGAGUUGAGUUAUAGCUUCAUGUCUCGCUGUUUAUGAUAUAAACUAAAGUGACCGUUAAUUAAGUCCAUUCUGCUCUUGCACAAAUUUUUUGAGGUUGGUUUACAAUAUCAAAGUUUCAAUGAUCGCAGUAGGAAUUUUUCAUAUAGGUAAAUUCUACGUUUUGAAGAUUUUGUAAAAAAAUGUUUGAGGGAACUGACUCGGUGUUUAACACCGGGACAGAUCUCUCGAAUAUUUCUUACAAAUCCUUCAAGACUUAUAAUUUAUCUACGCAAAAUUCAUUUACUGUGAUCACAGAAACUUUUAUAGCGCGUGACCCAGUCUUUACACAGUUUGAAAAGCAUUUUACUUUCCUCCAGGGAACACGAGCUGCAAUAACGUUGACGCACUUCGUUCAAUCACCAUUGUGUUACUUGCUGGGUAUAUUAUUCUCACUGUGACUUGCUUCACUGCAUCAGUCUUCUGUUUUCUGGCUACAUGUUAUGCUCCUACCUUAUUUGCUAUGAUAAAAGUAAGUUGCUUUAUUCGUAAUUAGUGACCCGUAUUUAAGUUAGUCUGAUAAAUAAUGAGAUAUGUGUAGGCGUGUAGCUAGAAACUUAUUCCGUUACACGAGGGUCGAUGGAACGAAAGUAUCACCACUUUUUCUGUGAAAAUUUUUUAGAUAACAUUACUCUGUAUCUGGGGGCUUCAUUUUCGGCAUUUUUAGAAACAAUUUUUUGUAUAUUUUAUCUGCUAGAAGAAACCGUUACUGGGUGGGGGACAACAUAUUUCACUGGAGGGGCCAGAACAAGAGCUGGAGGGGGGCGGGCGGUCAAUGUCAACUGUUUCAGAUAUAAGAUCCACUCGUAUAAAAGAUCACGCCAUAACUUUUACUCUUCAAUUUGACUGAUACGAUGAGUACUCUGGCGUUUACAAUUCCAACGAGUCUCCAUCAUCAAAAAUUCAUUAAACAAGUCCAAAAUACCCCUGUUUUGAUGCACAUCCUUUUUUCACUCAGGAUAGUAAAAAAGAAACAAACAGGUUAAAUCAAUUCUCCCAAAAUCUCGACUUGGCUUAAACACGGCUAUACAUUUGUCGCAGUUCGCCAGAUUGUUACAUUGAUAUUACAUGGAUAUAUAUAUUGCAUAUGUAAUCCAGGUCCGACCAUUACCUAUGAUCUCAAUGCUGGUAACGAUCAAAAUUCAAGAAGAUAUAACAUCGGAUGUUUAUACUUUAACGCCAGAAGUUUAUCCAAUAAGACCAACGAACUUCAAACGUUAGCACCUAACAUUGACAUAAUCGCUGUAACGGAGACCUGGCAUAAGCCCGACAUUUUAAACUGUAAACUUUUACCCGGAAACGACUUUACUAUUCACCGUCAAGACAGAGUUGACAGGAGCGGGGUGGAGUAAUGUUAGCUGUCAGAAACACCAUGCUUAGCAUCCGAAGGAAAGAUCUUGAGAGCGAAAUGCGGAAAUUGUAGCUUGCGAAAUCCGUUUUGAAUCUAAGAAAAAGCUUUUGAUUUUUACGUUCCACCGACCGCCUAACACCGACAUAAACUACAUAAAAGAACUUAAGAAAUCACUUCACCUUGCCAUCAAAGCAAAGUUUGAACACUUAAUCGUUUGCGGAGACUUCAACCUUCCACAUAUUGAUUGGUCUACUGGUACAGCUACUAACACCGGCUGUAUUCAUAACUAUAAUUUCACUAAAACUAUUAAAGACAACCACUUAUAUUAGCUCAUUGACUUUCCAAUUAGAUCUGAUAACAUCCUGGAUCUAGUUUUUACCAAUUUACCAGAUAAAGUCAUAAAUAUUCAAGGUUUUGAAGACAUUCUGAAUACAGAUCAUGAACUUAUUAGUUUCGAACUCGACCUUAAAUUCAACAAAAAACCUAAAGUCAAGCGUGUGGUUUUCAACUUCAAAAAAGCCAAUUGGACUGGUCUCAAGGAUGUGUUAAUAAAUACCCCCUUUGAUACUUGCUUUGUUCCUGAGGACAUUGAUGCUUCCCUUUCAAAAUGGUGUGACCAGUUUCUCUCAAUCGUUUAUGAUCACAUCCCUAAAUGUUCCUCAAGAAACGUCUGUCGAUCCCUUGGGUCGAUAAAGAGUUGCUGGAGCUCAUUAAAAAGAAAAAGAAGUAAUGAAAAAAGCAGAUAAGGACAAAACACUGCUAAUGACUUAGAGAAAUUUAGGUUAAUCCACUGCGAAACCAAAAAGUUUGUUUCCAAGAAAAAAUGUGAUCACGCCAAUAAGCUAAAAGGGUCAAUGUUUGAAAAUCCCAAACGUUUCUGGUCAUUUCUUCAUCUUCGACCAAAACAAAUGGGAGCCAAAAUUUUAUUCGAAAUGGACAAUCUUUUACGACUGACAGCCGCAUUUUGGCAAACUUAUUCAACAAAUUUUUCCACUCCAUUUUUAGUUUAGGCAAUGUAGAUCCACCUUUAACGCUCUCUACUUCAGCGGAAUCUUCCUGUAACAAACUCUCUGAUAUCGAUCUUACAAUCUCUGAAGUUGCUGCAGUGCUUCUUAAUUUAGUCUCCAAUAAAGUACGUGGACCAGGUGGUAUUCCGAGUAGAAUCCUGUCCAAGGUCGCCGACGAGAUUGCUCCUUCACUUUGUAUACGAAUUCUUUUCAAUAUGUCUCUCUCUCUCUUCGAGUUGUACCUGCAAACUGAAGGUUUGUCAAUAUUAUCCCUCUUUUAAAAAAUAUGAUCCCACCAUAACGUCGAACUACAGACCGAUCUCUCUGCUUUCUGUUAUCUCCAAAGUCUAGGAAUGUUGCGUUUUUAAUCACUGUUAUCACUACAUCUCCCCUCCUUUCUAUCGAUUUCAACAUGGAUUUCUCAAGGGUAAAUCGACGACAACACAGCUAUUAGAAGUAUACCAUGACAUCCUGGACUCCGUAGCAUCCAGUAACGAAGUUGAUGUAAUCCGCCAUCUUGGCUUAUCAAAUACCUUUGAUAAAGUCCCUCACAACUCGUUAUUACUCAAACUAAAGCAUCAUGGUAUCAACGGAUCUCUUUUGUCUUGGUUUGGUAGUUUACCUCACAGAUAGGCGCCAAAAAGCUGCUCUCGACAGAACAUUCUCUGACUGCCUUCCUGUCAUGUCUGGUGUACCACAGGGUUCUAUACUCGGUCCAUUGUUGUUUGUUUUAUACGUCAAUGAUGUCCAUAACUACAUUCAGUGCGAAUCAACAAUUGCUUUGUUUGCUGACGAUUCCAAGCUGUUCCAACCCAUUCUCGAUUCAACUCCAGUUACAAUCUUCAAGUUUGGACUGGGGAAUGGCAUUUAA